AUGAGAAUCGAAGAAUCAAGCUCAGAGCUCUUAUCAUUUAACUCAAUAAGCACUCAAGUAUUAUCCAAUAUAUCUAUAGAGCAAUACAAAGAAUUAAAUACUGAAUUUAAGACAAAUAAAAACAACGAGCUACUCAAUAGAAUGAUACUAAGAUUGCUAAUAAAGAAGGUUGUUCCUGCAGGAAUUAAUAGGCCUCUUCAUUUGAUAAUAAGCAAAAUAAUAGACGAAUUCAUGUUUGAUGAACUCGAAUUUGCCUUAUGGACUAUUUACUUAGAAAAUAUAUCAUGAAAGAGGGCAAAAAAUUGCAAUGAAGACAUUUUAAGGUUUGCAGCAUUUAAAGCAAAACUAGAGCUCGAUAAUGCAGAACCAUAUUUCACACACUUAUCUCAAAAAUACCCAAAUUUUAAACUAAGAUACCAGAAAUGAACUCAAAAAAAUAAAAAUAUCUUUGCUGCUAGUAUAUCAGAUAUGAAUAAUAAAUUCAAAGAGCUUACAGCAAUAGCCGAUCUGGACAAAGAACUAGAAGCUAUAAAUUUCGCAUUUUUCUCAGAGUAUAUUAUGAGACCUCCUGAGUUUAAUUUCGAAGAUGAAGCAGAAUCCAAUGAAGAUAUCGAAAAUAGAAGCGGUUUUGAUUUCCAAUCAUGCUCAGCUAAAAAAUACAUAAAAAUCAAUGAUGAAAUUGAAGAAUCAGUAGAUUUAACUAGCUUCAGAAGAUCGUCAAGCAUUGAAGGGAGCACAUCUUCAAGUGAAGACAAUGAUUCUGAGUUGCUUUAUAGAAACUCACAUUUAGAUUGGGAUCAUUCUGUAUCGAAAAAGGAUAACUUUUAA